AUGGCCAACAUCCAAUCGGUCUCUGACCUGGAGAAUCACUCGGGCCUUGUAUCGUUCGGCCAUCCUCCUGUGAACCUCCAAUUCGAAACAGCAGCGAACAAGACGGUCGUGACGACAUGGAAUCUAAGAAAGGAAAGCCAGGAUCGUGCCACAAGAAUCCAGUCCUGUAAGAUACAGCACAAUCGCUACCAUCCUGAGUUCGUAGGGAACCAAACCAGGCCUGCAAGACAACCUCUAGCUCAGAGCACAACUUUUCUGGAGUUACUGGCAAAUUACUGGGACCCUCCUCAUACUUGGGAUCGACCUGCAAACACGACAUUCGACCGCAUCUUCAGUAUCAGCGAGCUGGGAGAUGCCAUCCUUAGCAAUCUCAAUCGUACAGAACUCAUGAGAUGCCUGGAAACCUCCCGUACACUUCGUCAUGCAGUGCAACUGUCCUCGGCGGCUCAACUACAUCUCGCGCCUCUUCCUUUCAAGCCUGCAGAUGAGCUCAAUGACAGUGACACUUGCUGCAUCCCAUUCGCUCACUGUCUGACAUGCCCUAUACAUAUCACCAAGGAUAUCGUACUCCCGCUUAAGCAAGAGUGGGAUGAGAACAUCAUCAAGCAACCAAAACAUCGCAUGAUCGUCGACAUACACUUUCUUCGAGAAGGCCACGACCCGCAUGACUCCGACGUUGUGGGCAGUUGGGCAGAAAUGAAGCUUUCCGAUAUGCCACCAUCCUUGUUAUCUUGA